AUGUCAUUCCCCCGAGCAUGCGCCUCCCUUGCGCCCGCAGUAUUCAAGCUCGCCUCUCCCGCAGCAUUACCUUUGGCCCGCCGAUGUCCCCAAUGCCUGCGCGGCUUCUCCUCCUAUCGACCGAUACACCAGUCUUCAAAGCGCCAACUACAGACCGCGACCGCAUACCAUCCCGCGUCACUUGAUCCCCCGCCACCACCUCCGCGCAAUGUCGGCGUCCCGGACUCAUCGAUAGCGGGCGGAAAGCCACAGGUCAAUGAGGCACGGCCGCCACGGCUGACGGAGCAGCAUGGCAGCAGUUCGGCGUUCACGCAAGAAGAGCGGCCUAGCGUGAGCGUCACAGAGGCCGAGGCGCAGAAGUCGAAACCAGUAGCUGCCGCGACGGCAACCGCCACAUCUACGGCAGCGGCACCUUCUCAGCGACCCAGACGGUCGAAGCUACGGCCCCGGAAAGCGGCAAUGACGCUCUCGAGUGCGGCCGUUGAGCAGCUGAAGGGGCUGCUAGACCAGCCCGAGCCGAAGCUCAUCCGGGUCGGGGUCAAGAACAGAGGGUGCUCAGGGCUGGCAUAUCAUCUCGAGUAUGUGGAUAAGCCGGGGGCAUUUGACGAGGCGGUGGAGCAGGAUGGCGUCAAGGUGUUGGUAGAUUCAAAGGCGCUGUUUAGCAUUAUCGGGAGCGAGAUGGAUUGGAUGGAGGAUAAGCUGAGUGCGCGGUUUGUGUUUAAGAAUCCGAAUAUCAGUAAGUGGCACGUCUGGCUAUGA